GAGUAAGUAGUUCUUAAUCUGUGGCUAUCGCUUAUCAGUAUGUUACAGGACGUUGUUGUGUUAUGACUUCUCGAUAGUUUACCAUGUAAUUUUAUUUCGGUUUCGUUGUGCGUAAUUUAAGAUCAUUAAAAUGACGGACGAAAAACAACCCCUGCUCACAGGGCCAAGCAUUAUAAUUGACAACACUGAAAAUCAAGCUGUAGAAUUAAUAACAAGUCCCACUAGCCAAAAUAAAGAUGAUAAAAAGAAAAACACCGAGUAUAAUCCAGCCUCGGAACGGUACUUAGAGCAUCCAACGUCCAAUUUUGAUACGUUAAUUCACCUAUUAAAGGGGAAUAUCGGAACUGGAAUAUUAGCUAUGCCAGAUGCUUUUAAGAAUGCUGGACUUUUUCUUGGUGUAGUUGGUACUCUAUUUAUGGGCGCAAUUUGCACACAUUGUAUGCAUAUUUUGGUAUUGUGUUCUCAUGAGCUCUGUGUCAGAAACCAAAGACCUGCAUUGAACUUUGCUGAGGUAGUGGAGGAAGCAUUUGCAAUGGGACCAGUUUCCUUAAGAAAACAUGCCAAAAAUAUAAGGAAUGUUGUUAAUGUCUUUCUUGUCAUAACACAAUUGGGAUUUUGUUGUGUGUACUUUUUGUUUGUGGCAACUAACUUGCAAGAUACAAUGCACUUCUUCAGAAUAAACAUGGGUGUUCAUAGCUACUUAGCACUUUUGUUUCCACCAAUGUUAGCAUUGGGCAUGGUGAAGAACCUUAAAUAUUUGACACCAGUUUCUUUGAUUGCUGCAAUAAUGACUGCUUGGGGCUUAGUGAUCACAUUUUACUACAUAUUACAAGACUUGCCACAUACUAGUACUGUGAAGGCAUUUGCAAGUUGGCAUCAAUUGCCUCUGUAUUUUGGAACAGCUAUUUAUGCAUUUGAAGGGAUUGGAGUGGUGCUACCACUUGAAAAUAAUAUGAAGACACCACAGGACUUUGGAGGGUGGACAGGCGUUUUAAACACAGGCAUGGUCAUAGUGGCUGCGUUAUACACAGCCAUUGGGUUUUUCGGCUACCUCAAGUAUGGAAACCAUGUGCUUGGCAGUAUUACGCUCAAUUUACCAAAUGACGCAUUAGCACAAAGUGUACGGGCAAUGAUGGCGGUCGCGAUAUUUCUCUCAUACGGCCUUCAAUUCUACGUGCCUAUGAAUAUUGUAUGGCCCUUUAUUAAAUCAAAAUUGACUUCGGAAAAAGCCCUCGCAUAUGGCGAAAACGUGACACGAUUUAUAUUAAUAUCGUUAACCUUCAUAGCAGCUGCGUUGAUACCGAACUUGAGCGGCAUAAUUUCGCUCGUUGGUGCAUUCAGCAGUUCAGCACUGGCUCUCAUAUUCCCACCUAUAAUCGAAAUUGUCACAUUUUGGCCCGACCGGCUCGGAACAUACGACUGGAAACUGUGGAAAGAUAUCGCUAUUAUCAUAUUCGGUAUAACCGGAUUUGUAUUCGGCACGUAUGCCAGCCUAGAAAAUAUAUUUUCGCAUACUUAAUAUUUAAAAUGUUAGAUAAAAUUGAUGUCCUUAUACCAAAGAUUAAAACCAUGACAAUAAUGUUAUUGUAAAAAAUUCUUUCAAGUGAUUAUUUAUUGUUUAGAUUAUAGGCAUUGGCCAUUGUAGCAAAAACUAGGUUACAAGUGAAAGACAAGAUAAAAAAAUAUAUUAAUGUUUAAGUGGUUAAAGUAUUAUGCUAUAGAAAAAAAAUUAAAUAUUUGUUUCGGUUACUGUUGAUUGUUGUACUAUAUGUGGUGCAUUCUGUUCAAUUCAAGGAAGUUUUUAUAAAGUUUAACAUAUAUCGAAUGUGAAAACACAUUUAAAAAAAUGUGUUGAUAUGAAAAAUUUCAUAAUCAUUUGUUUUUUGCAUAUGUUAUAUAUAAUUGUAUAGAAAAAAAAUGACUGGAUUCAUUUUUUUAUAUAAAAUUUUAUUUUAGUUAAUAUUGUUGUGUGUUUUAGAGGUAUUUAUUAUUGAGUGUUUUAAUAUAUUGUGGUGUUUGAUUGGUGUUCAUGUAACGUUAUGUUUCAUUUGACCGAAUUUCACAUGAUGGUUCUGACGCGAUUGUUUGCUUUUUAACGCAAUUUAUCCACGGUUUUUAUAGUACAAUUAUUUGUGAUAUGUUUUUUAUUAUUUUUGAUGUGCCUUAGGUAUAUAAAUUGUACAAUAUGAGUAUUUAUUUUUAAUUUGUGGAUAAGUAUGUAAUUUUAAAUUUACCAAAAUAUUUUUGU